CUUCUUCUUCUUCUUCUUCUUCUUCUUCCUCUCUCCCUCUCUGAAGCUGAGGAGAUUGGAGGUGUUCACCUUCUCUCUCUCUCUCUCUCUCUCUCUCUCUCUCUCUCUCUCUCUCUCACAUCAGUCUCCUUCAAACUUGAGGUAGUUUGGUCUCUCUUUAUCCAUUUCUUCCUCAAUCAACUCCCUACCCCUCAUCACUGUGCCCUACAAGUUGCAUAAAUUAGAUGCAGUAGCUUGGUCUCUUCCCAGAAGCUCGCGCUCUCUCUCUCUCUCUCGCUCUCUACAGCGCCUCACAUCUCAAGCUUUCAGCGGGAGAUGUCCUAACAAGGCCCAUAAAAUGGUAGUACCAUCUCUCAUAUAGGAAUCCUGAGUACUCUACAAGCCAAAGGCCUGCAUGAUCUCUAGAUCUCAAGUCCUUAUCUGUGAAGUACCAUGGUCUGAUCCAGACAUGGAGGGCGAACCUGGCGGAUCACGACGGCCCAACUUCCCUCUCCAGCUCCUCGAGAAGAAGGAAGAAGACUCCUGCUCCAGCUCCGCUUACCCUUCCUUAGCCAUAUCCUCCACCACCGCCGCUGGCGAGAUCGCCGCUGACCGACUGAGGAAGCCGCCGCCCAAGCGGAGCUCCAACAAGGACCGCCACACCAAGGUCGAGGGGCGCGGCCGCCGGAUCCGCAUGCCCGCCCUCUGCGCAGCUCGCGUCUUCCAGCUCACGCGCGAGCUGGGCCACAAGACCGACGGGGAGACCAUCGAGUGGCUGCUCCAGCAGGCCGAGCCCGCGGUGAUCGCGGCCACGGGCACCGGCACCAUCCCCGCCAACUUCACCUCGCUCAACAUCUCCCUCCGCGGCUCCGGCUCCAGCGUGUCCGCUCCCUCCCACCUCCGCGCCGCGAAUUACUUCGGUGGCGUGGCGGCCGCUCACCCCGGCCCGUCCCUUCGGUUCCACAACGAAUGGGAACGUGGCGGCAGCUCUGCUUUCCCCCCGGAGGUCCCGUCGUCCUCCUCCUCCGUGCUUCUCAAUUUCAACUCAUGCAGCAUCGGCCUCGACGCAUCGUCGGAGGCCGACAUCGGGAACAUAAGGAAACGCCGAUGGGAGUCGGAGAUUCAUCAGCAUCAACCAUCGCCAGUGCAGCAUCAGAUGGCAGGCUACAGCCAGGCAAGCCAUGGGCAGAUGCCAGGAACUGUAUGGAUGGUCACAAACCCUAACGCACAAGACAUGGUGGGCAGUAGCAACCAGUCUAUAUGGACAUUCCCUCAAGCAGCAAAUGCCUCCAUGCUUAGAGGAUCCAUGUCCGGCGGUCUGCACUUCAUGAACAUCCCUACGCCCAUGGCUCUUCUGCCAAGCCAGCAGCUUGGGCUGGGUUCCGGCGGCGGCGAGGGGUACACGGGAAUCCCUUCCGCCCUCAACAUGUACCGAUCGUCGCCGAGCAACUCCGAGGCGAUGCAGUCUAUGACCCAACAAUCGCACCGAGACAGCGAGCGCCAUGACACGAUGAGCACCAGCGAUUCGUAGCUCGGCCUCACAACCAUGCAUGCGCUGGUUUUCCCUCUUCUUCUGCUUUAAUCUUUCGAUUUUUGGAUGAUUUUUUACUCUAUUUGUUUUGACUAUAAGCCUACGUCCGUCACUCGCAAUACGAAUGCAAGUCAUUUCUGUGUGUGAAAUGGCAGGUUUUGAUGGUUUCACUACCUUAAUUUGGAUCGACACACAGUGUUGUGAUCCUAUCUUUCAUAACAUGAUCUCUUUUCUUCU